AUGACAAUUUAUUCUAAUCCAGCAGUAGCCCGACAGACGAUUGACCCGCAAGCAACCGAUAAAUUAACGGCUUAUCGAGAGGCUUUUAAUAAUGCUCCCGGAAAAGUCCAAGCAAAUCGCGGUCGAGUCGCUGGUGAAGCACUUUAUCCUUACGAUAUAACUGUUCUUUUGAAAAGCCAAGCCCAAUUUAUUCAUGAUUUUCAAGGAACGGCUCCUUCUGCCUUAAGCAAUACGCAAAUACUUGAUUAUCAAGGAAGAGGCGGAAUAAUUCCUACUUAUACUAGCUAUGGACAAACUACUAACAAUUUUAAUCCCACUGAAGUAUUGAAAAACCAUCUAGACCAUUCCCAUUAUUCGCUUACAAAUCUUGCCACAGAAAAUAACUUUAACAUGCUAUAUGAUUACACCCUGUUGCCUUUAGUUCUUCCUUUAAAUGCUAAUUUGCCGGCUGGCAGAAGAGCAGAGGAUAUAAUAGGAAUGGCAUAUGAAAAGGCUUAUGAUGUUCUUUUAAAUAGUAUUCAAACGGCUCCGGAUAUGGAGAGCAUAAAUUUACUUGUUCCGCAAAUGCAAGACUUAAUCCGCGUCUGCAAUGAAGAUAACAUUCAACUUCCAGCAGGCAAAAAUCAAGCGGCUUUACAGAUCGCACGAACUGACCGAAUAGCAGCGAUUCAAGCCGCCGCUAAUCCUCACCCUCAACCUCAAACCUACACUGCCCAAGCAAUCUUUGAAGAACAAGAACAAGAAAAUGUGGUGAUUGAUAACGGCAAAGGCAACCAACCAGAAAAAGACCAAAAACCAACCAAAAAUAAAAUCACUACUACCGAGCAAGUUAAAUUGGUGCAAGAGACGAUUACCAAAGUCGCCCAAGCCCAAAAGAGUCAAGUUUAUUCUCCUGAAUUACACCAUUGGUUAAUUGAACAAAAAGAAAACAAUCCCCAAAUUUACCAAAUGGUGAAUGCUCACCAACAGCAAAUAGAAAAAGCAAUCCAGCAUUUGGAACAAUUGCGAGUGCAGAAACAAGCGGGGCAAAUUCGCUCACGAACCAAAGAAGGCAAGCAAUGA